AUGGACAUCUUCCGCGAAGAGACGUUUGGCCCCGUGGCGGUCUUCUUUCCCUCCGAGACGGAGGAGGAGGCCGUUCGGCUGGCGAACGACACCGAGCUCGGCUUGGCUGGGUACUUUUACAGCAGGGACUCGAGCAGGUGCUGGCGAGGUGCCGAGGCUUUGGAGGUGGGCAUGGUCGGUGUCAAUGUCGGUGAGUGCGCAGUUGAAGCCACCAUCCUUAAUUGCAAAUUCUUGUCGCGGGAAGGCAGCAAGUAUGGCAUCGACGAGUUCCUGGUCACCAAGAUGGUCAUGACUGGAGUCGAGGCAUAG